AUGUUCUCGGCAUUCAAACGUCGUGCGGCUUCCGCAUCAAAAUCAGACACAAAUGUAAAAGGUGUUUCACCACGGGGGUCAACAUCCACUGUUACAUCAAAAACAAAUGAAAAUGGAUUGUAUGGCACACCAACACCAUCAAAUGAAAACAAUAAUAACAACUCAAAACAAAUACGUGGUAGAACAUUUUCUGGUCUCUCAUUAACAUCCUCAUCUUCGUCAACAUUAACAACGAGUCCAUUACUGAAUAUAACGCGUCUACAAGAAAAAGAAGAAUUACAAACGUUAAAUGAUCGUUUAGCUAUCAUCAUCGACACUGUUCGCCGUCUUGAGCAAGAAAAUUCGAAAUUAAAAGAAAUUCACCAUACAAUUCAUCAGGAGCAUACUGUCGAAAUAUCAAAUAUGAAAUCGCUGUACGAUCGAGAAUUAGAAUCAUCAAAAAAAUUAAUCGAUGAUAUAGCAAAUGAAAAAGCAUUACAAGAUAUUGAAAAUGGUAAAUUAAAAAAGACUGUUUAUGAAAUAAAUGAACAAUUACAACAAAAACUAGAGAAUUUGGAUCGAUUAGAAGUAAAAAUGAAAAAACUUGAACAAGAAAGUCAUGAAUUAAAACAUCAAAAUGAAACAUUAAAAAUGAAACAUGAUGAGACACAAACAGUACGUUUACAAAUGGUUGAAUUAGAUAAAAAAUAUAAAUUAUUAGAAAAACUAUUAGAAGAUGAAACAUUAAAACGUGUUAAUUCUGAAAAUAAAUGUAAAACAUUAGAGGAAACAAUUCAAUUUAAAGAAUCAAUGUAUGAUACAGAAUUGAAUCAAGUUCGACAACAACGACGUACAGAACAUGAUCGUAUUGAUGAUAGUUUGAAACAAGAAUAUGAUACACGCUUCUUUGAAGAAUUAAAAAGUUUAAGAGAUGAAACAGAUCAACGUAUACAAGAAAUGCGUAUUGAUGUUGAACAAACAUAUCAAAAAAAGUUAAUUGAUUUAGAUACAACACAAAAACGUUUAUAUGAGCAAAUACAACAAUAUCGUCAAGAUUUAGUUGAUUCACGAACACGAUCAGAUGAAUUAAUGAAAGAACGUAAUGAUGUACAAGAAAAAUUAAAACAAUUUGAAGAACGUGCACGUGAUACUGAUCAGCGACUUCAACAACAACGUGAACGAUAUGAGAUAAUUUUGGUUGAACGUGAUCAAGAAAUUGAAAAAUUAAAACAACAAGUACAAGACAUGUUAGUUGAAUAUCAAGCAUUGUUAGAUUUAAAAAUUGGUCUUGAUCUUGAAAUUGGAACUUAUCGAAAAUUAUUAGAAGCUGAAGAAGAACGUUUAAAUAUAUCAUCAUUAUUAAAAAAUAGUGAUUCAUCAACUGUAAUGGUAAAUGGUAAUCAUCAUUUUGAAAAUGGUGAUAAUGUUGAUCAAGUUGCGACACCACAAAUAAAUCCGGUUAAUGGUAGUGCAAGUCAAACAGCAAUAAUGAUGAAUGAUGGUCAUGUACCACGGAAACGAAAACGUCUUGCAAAUGUAAACGACAAUCAUUUAGGAGAAGAAUAA